CUCCGACAAGCGACGACAUCUUCUUAUCCAUCCCUCCUCCCAAUUACCAGGCGACCCCCGAUAAGCUGCCACGUGGACACUCUCCCUCGAGCCCUGCCGUACACCACCGCGCACGUUAACCCUCGCCACCUCAUCGCCCCCUUCGCCCCAAGUUCUGCGGCGGCUCUCUCGAAGCCCCGACCGACCACCAUCUUAUUCAACAAUACACUCCCCAACAUGUCCUUAGCUCUUUCUCCUCCAGCACCUUCUCCCUCCAUCACGCCCCAUGCGCACCUUAGCGCCACCCUCCCUCCCAUGUCUAUCCUGCGCCGCGUAGCCCCCCUCCACCUCCGCCACCACCGCCGACGCCUCGCCUCCGUCGCCGCCGCGGCCAUCCGCCAGGACACUACCGUCUGGACCCCCGCCCCCCUGUCCCUCGUCGAGUCCGCCGCCGAGUCCCUCUUCCACGUCAGCAUCGACGUCUCCGACGCGCCCGAACUCGUCGGCUCCCACACACGACCCGGGCAGUACCUGCAGCUUCGCGUCCCCGACGCCGCCAAGCCGGCGUUCCUGGCCAUAGCUUCGCCGCCCCCGCUCGCGGCGGCGCGCGGAGAGUUCGAGUUCCUGGUGAAGAGCGUGGCCGGCAGCACGGCGGAGUUCCUGUGCGGGUUGAAGAGGGGCGAUGUGGUGGAGCUGAGCCAGGUCAUGGGGAAGGGUUUCGAUAUCGACCGGAUCGAGCCUCCCGAGGAUUACCCUUCGGUUUUCAUUUUCGCUACUGGAUCUGGAAUCAGUCCUAUCCGAUGUCUAAUUGAAUCAGGAUUUGAUGCUGACAAGAGAACCGAUGUUAGGCUCUACUAUGGUGCUAGAAACCUUCAGAGAAUGGCUUACCAGCAUAUGUUUAAGGACUGGGAAUUGUCAGGUGUUACGAUUGUGCCAGUAUUAUCCCAACCUGAUGAUAGUUGGACUGGGGAAACUGGCUAUGUACAGGCUGCAUUCAAUAGAGCCAAAAGGAAUUUUAGCCCUCAGUCAACAGGUGCUGUGCUAUGCGGUCAGAAGCAGAUGACAGAGGAAAUCACUUCUAUUCUGUUAGCUGAUGGUGUUUCGAGGGAGAAGAUUUUGAAGAACUUCUAAUUGGAUGAGGUCAACGUGUUGUACCUAUUAUUUAUUUUAUUCAUUCCAGCUGCUGAAGAUCAAUAACGUUUCAGCUCGGAAUAGAAUAAUAAAACCGAUUUUGGACAUUUUUGCUCUGUACUCUGUGUGUUAGAAUUCCAUGGAAAACAGUCUUCCAGCAGAUUAUGACAAGUAACAAAAUAUCAUUUUUUGACUCU